AUGGCUAAGAGACGAUCAUAUGCUGACCGGGCGGAUUCCUAUACGAAUAACGGGGUGACUCGGUCUCCAGAACCAUAUGAUAGCGCUGCUGAUGCGGUGAAGGUCAAGAAAGACAGGAAAGAACACGACCUUGAUCCUAAGCGCUCAACUGUGUUCCAGGAUGUCGACGAUGCUCUUACUGACUCUGACUGCAUGAGCAACGUCCCUUCACAAGGCGACGAGGUCGAAGCUCAGCGUACCCCUAAGGCGGCUCGACAGCUUGCUCCGACCCAUAAAACCCUCAUGCCACAAAAGUCCCACAGGACGGUAGCAGUGCAAAAGUCUCAAAAGCCCCUUGCCCCACCGAAAAGCUUGCUUCAGGAGAGCUCGCUUCCGCGACAUGGUAGUGUUCACGGAGCGGGACACAGGAAGCGACGUCUUAGUGCGGACUACGAUGACUCAAUCCUUGCUUCCAUGCGCUAUUCCGAUCUCAAGAAAGAGGAUUUUGACCAUGAUCCCGCUAGAGUGGCUGUUCAGAGUACCAACCUUCCGUCAGGUGGUACUCUUGAGGAGAAACUGGCAUACUACAAAGACAAGGAUGAAAACAAUCAACACCAUUUCUUUACUCAGAUGAGCGUACAUGAAUGGGACGCAAGUGGCGACUGGUUCUUGGAUCAGUUCAGCAACAUUGUACAUCAGAUGAAGGAAUCCCGCCGCUCCAAGCGUGUAAUGGUGGAGCGCUAUGAGACAGAGAUCUCCAAUCGAGAGGAAGCUGUGAGAAACAAGAUCGACGGCAUUGGUCGCACACUUGCAGGCCUCAGGAAGGAUGGAGAAGGGAUGAUGAAGGGAAAGGAGAUAGAGGACGACUAG